UGGAGAUUUUUGCAUUCGUCAUAAGUACACUUAUCACUUUGGAUUGCAUAAAACAGACUUCAUUAGAUAGGUGACAUCCGAUUUAAAUUAAAAUAUAAGAGGGAAAAUUAACACAUUUAAUUCUAUAAUGGUAAAGUAGCAAAGAUACAAUAUGAAUAAAGAGAAUCGUAAAAGGAUUACUCAAAACUUGACAUAUCUGAAAGAAAGAAUGCUAGAUUUAGAUCCUCUUUUGGAUUAUCUUAUUGAACGAGACGUGUUUCAGUUAGAACAUCGUUCCAGGAUUGAUGCUGCAACUCCACCUACUCCUCAGAGAAAGUUUAAUGAAUUCAUUCAACUGUUACUAUCAUCUUCGCAUCCUGCAGCAUACAAUGCCUUUCUUGAAGCACUUCAAAAUGAACGACAGUUUUAUGUGGUGGAGAGACUUCAAAAUACAGUGGUAAAGCUAGAUGCUGGUCCAAUGAGAGCAAAAACUCCCCACAAGAGGCAGCCUGUUCAAGCGAUAAGUCAUUCUGACGAGCCAGCACUUGCCAGUGGAUAUACACAUAUUGACCAAGUUGCUUCUAUUAUGUCAAAAGUCCUAUCAGAAUUUAGUGGAAAGUUAACCGAGGAACUAGUCACCAAUUUUGAAAAAAGAAGAGAAGAUGACAUUCGAGAGAUGGAAGAAAAUAUAGAUGCCAAACUGGGGAAAUUCAGCGAACAAUGGGAACAAGAGAAGAAACAAAUGCUAUUGCAGAAUGACAGUGCCAUAAAAUCUCUGCAAGAUAGUAUCGAAAGUCUACAACGAAAACAAAAUGAAUGUGAAAAACUCAAAUUGAAAUAUGAUCAACUGAAACAACACCAGAAGGAUUUGAGAGAAAAGGAAAACGAACGUUGGCAAAAACUGACACAAUCAAACUUGGAAAAUUCCCAACUAAAAGCCGAAAAUACUAUGUUAAAGGAAGAAGUUGAUCGAUUGAAAGAUAAAGUAGAAGAACUUCAAGAUGAAGUAUCAACUGUCAGAAAAGGAAAACUGAAUUCAGAUAUGGAGGCUAAACAUUUGUUGACAGAAAACAGGAAUCUUAAAACAGAACUAGACGAAAAAGAAAAAGAACGUGAUGAUUUGAAACGAGAUAUCGAGAAUGCUUAUGAAAGAAUUCAUGAGAUUAUACGCGUUCAGAAAGAAAAAUCCACAACCGAGGAUACUACUUAUAAAACAGUUCUGGAUAAACAGAACCAAAAAUUGUCCGAAAUAUACGACGCUGUCAAUGCGUUAUCUGCUAGAGAUAGGUUGAAUCAGAUAAAAUCAUCCGGAGCCCCACGGACAUUAUACAUUGGCGGGAAUGCCAUCCAGAGGUCAAACAGAUCUAACAAAUCAUAAUUUGAAAAUUUAUUUCACGAAGAGAUCAAUAAUUAGGAAAAAUAAUAACUUGACAAUAUUUUGAUGUGUUUAAAGCGUUACUAAUGUGUUCUUGUUUAAUAGGAAAGAAACACAUACAUUGUUGUAAAAUUCUAAUAAAAUGGGAGAGUUAAUCUGUUUAAAAUCACCUGGUAUAAAGGUUUGGUGACUUAUUUCAGUAUAACUUACGAUCAAUUUUUGUCA